AUGCUACUGGGGGAGGCGAAUCAGGGCAGCGUGCCCCACCCCCCAAAGAGGGACUCCUUGGACAGCACAGAAGAAGGGCAUAAGAGGAGGAACAAGGUCAUCAACGACAUUUUCCAGCUGGAACUGAAAGACAUCCUAAAAGAUGUUUCCAGUGAAAAAAAAAUAGACGACACCAUCGAUUUUGUAAAUGACAAAAUAAACACACUAAACAAUUUUAUCAACGAUAUAGCUAAGGAGAAGUAUGAGUACUUUUACAAAUAUAUUGACCAAAUGAGCAAUGCGAGGAAAUUAAAGAAAUGGAAUUCGGAUGAUUUAGAGGAGGUAGGGAGGAAAUAUAAAGCAAGUUACGAAUCUCUUAGGGAGAAAAAGAACAAAGUUUUGUCUUUAAUAAUAGAGAAAAGGUGUUUAAUUGAAAUUGAGAAGGUUUUAAAAUUAUACCAAGUUAUCCAUGUAGAGGUAAAAAAACUGUGUGAUGCCAUGAAAGAGAAGAACAUUUGGGGGGUCUCUCCAAUGGAUGUGAUAGACAUGAGUGCCUCCAAGGGAGAAGAACUAUUCAAUGUACAUGACCUGGGUCAAAGUGCUCUCCACACGAGUGGACAGGGCAUGAAGUACCCCAAUCUACUGACCAAUCCCGACUUUGAUACCCUGGAGAGUUAUUUAAAAAGGAUAAGCAGUAUAAAAAGGUUCAUUGCGCAGCAUAGUGUGGAAAAUAUAUCCAUCGUGGCGCUAAGGGUAAAAAAGAUGAAGGCGUAUGAGGAUGGAAUAAUAAGUGUGUUCGUACAGUAUUUGUCGGGCGAUUUUUUUAAGGACCAGAAUUAUGAAAGCAAAGUAAAGCAUUGUUUAAAUGCAUUUAAAAAUGUACAUGCUGAAAAGGAGUGUUUAACGAAAAUAAUAAACAACAAAAUUGAGGAAGCCAAUACACACAUUUUGAAAAUACAAAAUUGGGGGCAAAACGGAAAAACAAAUUUAUACGCAAUUCUACAGAAUUGUAAAAAUGGCAUCGAUCAGAUAAACUACCUCAAUGAAAUUAUUAAAGAGAAUUAUUAUAUGGAGGAGGAAAUUCGGAUGGAAAAAUUGAAAGGAGAAAAAAAAACUGGUGAUAAUAGGAAUAGUUAUUUCAAUGCAUGGGAAAAGGACACACACAAAUGCAACACUGUACAUGUGUACACAGAUUUUUAUCUUCCCUACGUUAAUUUACUAAUAAGAAGCAAAAUAAACCAGCUGGUGAGGAAGGAAGACAUGCUAUUUGUCCUAAAUUUAAUAGGAGAAUUUGUGCACGUUGUCCAGAAGAAGAUCGAUAUGAAGGCACACGCAAAAAAAGAUGUCCUUUUAAGUUUGUUCAACAGAGAAUAUGAAGAAAUAACUUUCACUUCUAUGAACAAACUUAUCAACUUGGUGGAACUUUUAUUCCAGAAAGGAAAUAUAAGAAGUGCCAUGGAGUACGAGAAUUAUUAUAACUUUCCUACCAUUUUUGAUAUUAAAAAUUAUGUACAGGCAUUUUUUAAAGAACUUUUUACGCACGUUUAUUAUCCACACAUUUUUCGAAAAAUCAUCGUCUCUUGCAACAAUUCGCUCCUUCUCCUGAGUAACAAUUUGAAUAACUUAAAGCAAAAUGUGAAUGUGGUCAUAGACAUGGAUACAAAAAAUAAAUUUGUAACCAUCGAUUAUGUUCCAAAAAAUCUGAAAUAUAAUUUGGAGCUUUUCCUUAUUAGUAGACAGCUUUUGCGGUACUUAAUUUGUGCUUUGGCCAAAUUGAAGAGAAAAAUUGUGCGGAUAAAAAUGGAUACUUACCGGGGGAGGAGUUUCCGUUAUGGGGCGGGAGCGUCAGAUGAAGUGUUAGGUGACGUGAAUUUUUUUGUGAACAGUUCGGUAGUGCUGGACGAUGAUGAUUCCGCAGGGAAAGAUUUAAUCACCCUCUCCUUUGACGAAUCAGUGGAGGAAUUUUUCAACUCACAAGACCAUUUAAAUAAUUACUUCGGAGAUGUUGUGCUAUCCCCUGAUGAUGGUGUAAAUGACGAUUUUAUGGAGUGGGAAAAUUACGGAGAAAAAAAAGAAAAGAAGGAAAAAAAAAACGCUGAAAUGAAUAUGUCGUUUGAAAGGACGGACCACAAGGAGGACAGUAGCAUAUCAUGUAAUGCAGAUCAACCCAGUGGCUCCUGUCCAAAUGAGACCACACAAACGAACAAGUGUGCUGAAAUAAACGUGGCGACUUUCCAAAUUAGCCUCUUCAGUGACGCGAAAUUUAACUCGUUUCACUCAAACGAUUCGUAUAACAUUAAUGAUAAUGACGGGAAUUACGAAAUUACUCCCUUUUUCAUUAAGGAUAAGGAAAACAAAACAAAAAAAAAUUAUUUCGAUUUAAUCGAAUUAGAAAAAGGAUUAUGUGAAUUGAACAAUGUUGUUAAUUCUUGUAUUUACGAAUGCUUUGAGUCAUUUGAGAAGAAAUCUGUUUGGUACUUUAAAAAUAAUUGUAGCGCCCUGGGUACACCUGACGUUUUUUCCCUCUUCGACCAGUUAUGCGUUUAUUUUAACGAAAAAAUAGUUCAGUGUGUACCGACAUACGAGUGCACGCAGAUGAUAAAAAACGUGAUUAACCGAACUCUCAUUUAUUUAAUUGCUUUAUCUUGUUACUACUCAAUUAGCGGAAUGGACGUGUACCUAUUUAGAUACUACGAAUCACUACAGAAAAUUGCAAAUGGUGCAACGGAGGCUUCCCUGCAUUUCGGUUACAAGUUGUGUAUGCUCUUUAAAAAGUCGGUUGAUAUGAAGGCCGGACGGGAGGCUUACGAAGAGGUGCCGACGUUUUUCCUACCCGUGACGUUUGUGAUUUUUCACGGGGGGCGGGCUAUCGUAGACAGCAUGGGUAUGACGGACGAUAAAUUCAUCAACCUGCUGAUUGACCACUUGAGGAAUCCAGUGCAGGCAAUGGAUGGGAAGGGAAGUAACAUCAGCAGUUAUAACUUAAACUUUGUGUUGAACAAAUUUGCCAAAAGUGUGUUAAAAAAAAAUGAACAAUCUGUGGAGGGAUCGCAACUGGAGGCGGCGAUGGAUAAGCGAUACAUCCCCCACAUAUAA